UCGCUGUGGGCUGCCAUGGAGCCUGGAGCCGCCGAGGGUCGGCUGUCGACACCCAAAUGCUCUCACAACGGGAAUGACUUUAUUGAGGAGGAGAAAGUCUGCACCUCUUCCCCCCACCCCCCAAACAGCGCUAUUUUAAAGAAAAGCCACUCUCGCUCCAGCUGGGCACCCUCCUACCACAGGCUCCCCGUCCCCUCCCCGCCUCCUUACCCCGGACCCGCGGCCCCCCUGGUUCCCCCGUCCCGGCUGGGCCCCGGCAGGAAGGGGAGGGACCGAGGGCCAUUCCAGCCGCCCGUGGAGCUCCUCUUCCCCGCCAUCGGCAUGUCGGCGCCCGGGACGGGCAGGCAGCCGCUGCCCGCGGCGCAUGGUGACAAGAAGGCAAGUGAAGCUUCUUCCAAGGCAGGAGAGAAAAAAGCAGAAGUGGAAGAGAAGAAACAAGCAAGUGCUAAUGUCAGCCAGCCACCCAAAAGAGAGACAAGUGGAGCAGCUGCUUCUGCUAAGAAGCAGUCUCCUUCCACGGAUGCACCGAAACCACAAAUUAUGAAGCCAUCUGAAACUAGGUCCGCACCGACAUCCAAAGCAGGAUCUGAAAAGAACACCCACUCAGACAAGCCAGCAGACUCUCAAAAUAAACAGCUGUCUGAAGAGAAGCAAAAGGAACCUGGUGAUGGCAAAGACCAAACCACACCUACUGUGACAACAACUUCUAAACCAAAUAACACAGGAAAAGUAACUACAACUCAGGCUGACCAGCCUCCACCAACAACCUCCACAGAGACAGCAAAGCAAAAGUCUAAGGACGUGCCCACAGUGGCUGAUGCAGCUGCUGGAACAGGCCCAGCAGGUGCACGUGUGGUUGCUGCUGCUGACAAAUCAAGUACUGAGCCUGGUAUGGAUGAGUCAGCACUUGAUAGCCUAAUAGAUACCCUUGGUGGACCUGAGGAAGAUGUACCUACUACUCCUGUUUACACUGGCCCAGAAAUUACGGAAGAUAUAUAUGCAAGAUACUUGGAAGAAAUGGGUAAACGGGAAGGGAGUCUCCCUCCAGAGUAUGUUAAAUUGUUGAAGAGCAAAGGACAUGGCAAAGAUGUGGUCCCACCGAAACCAAAUGAGCAAGAUGAAAAGCCAAUGACGGAUGAUGAGCUUGCAGAGGCCCUGUCAUCUGACUUCACCUGCAGUGCUGCUUCUGCUGAGGAGAAGAAGACAGAGAAACCAAAUAAAGAAGGAGAAAUUGUGCAGGCACAAGCAGCAAGUUCAGUUAAGACCUCAGCUCCUCCUAAGGAGAAGAAAACAAAAGAGGAAAUGAAAGAUGAUGCAAUGGAUGCUCUUCUUGAUACUCUUGGAGGACCUGAACCUGAACCUGAAGAAGAUCCUACGCCUUUUGUAGAGGUGUCAGAGGCAAAAGCCAAAGAGAAAAAGGAACAGAAGGCUGGAGAACGUGAUGAUACAAUACCUCCAGAGUACAGGUUAACACCAGAAUUGGAUAAAGAUGGAAAACCAAUAUUGCCGAAGCCUGAAGAAAAACCAAAGCCUUUGAGUGAAUCUGACCUUGUUGAUGAAUUUUCAAAGGACUUUGCCUGCCCUGCACAGCCUGCAGUACAACCUAAAGCACCAAAGCCCUGCAACACAUCCAAAAAGCCGUCAUGUUCUGUGUCUGCAAAAGCCACUGAGGAUAAAGUGGUGCCUCGUGCCACAGCUUGCACUGUGCAGUCUGCAGCUCCCAUGCCUUCAGUUGGUCCUGUGUCAGAUGAAGCACUGGAAGCCUUGUCCAGUAGCCUAGGAAAGAGGGAGCCUGAUCCAGAUGAGAAAAAGCCUGCUGUGGACAAAGUUAAGGAGAAAACCAAAAAGAAACAACACAAAAAACUGGGUGAAGAAGAAGAAACGAUUCCUCCAGAGUACAGAUUAACAGAAGCCAAAGAUAAAAAUGGAAAACCUCUUCUACCAAAGCCUGAAGAGAAGUCACAGCCUAUGAGUGAAAAUGAUCUUUUAGAGGGUUUGACAGAAGGGUUUUCCUGUUCUCCAUCACCACCUGCACCAUUACCUACAUCAACUGUACUAAAGAAAGCCAAGGAUGGUGCCCAGCCUGCGAGUUCCUCGGAUGUGAUCUCUGCUGCUACGGUUUCCUCAGUGCACUCAGCAGCUCCUGCACCUUCUACCUCAGGAGGAAGAGAGAUGGAUGAAGCCUUGGAUCUCCUAUCUGACUCCCUGGGACAAAGGGAACCUGACCCUGAUGAGAACAAACCAGUUGUGGAUAAAGUGAAGGAAAAGACUAAAUCUGAACACAGAGACAAGCUUGGAGAGAGAGAUGAAACAAUCCCACCUGACUAUCGAAAACUUCUGGAGUCAGGUGAGCAGAGUAAACCAGCAAAGCCAACAGCAAAGGAUGAAAAGAUGAAACACAAAGGAAAGAAGAAACCUAUGGAUGACAGUGCAGCUAUUGAUGCCUUAUCAGGUGACUUUGAUACUUGUGCAAAUGCUCCUGCUACAGCCCAGCACUCAAAGUGUAGGACAAAAGUGGAAAGGAAGCUACGACCACUAAACCGAGCUCAAAGGAUAAAGGAAAGCCCAGAGACCCUAAAACGGCAAAGGGACAGUCCUCCAGCAGCAAAUCUGAGAAGCAGAAAGCAAGCUAAACGUUAACCUUACCAGGAUCCUGCUGCAUUGUGUGAAAUGUCUUCUUUCUGUGGGUGGAUGAAUAUUAUUGAAGAACAAAAGCUGAUGCCAAAAGCACAUAGUUAUUCUGGGUGGUUUAUGUACAGUGCUACUUGCUGGACUUCUUAUCUUUUCUUUUUUCUCAGUAGUAGACUCAGGUGGUUUGUUUCUUUCCUCCAGCAAUUCACUUUAUUGAGACUGCUAUGGUCUGAUAUUUUUGUAAUUUCCUUCAGCAUUCAGGGGGAAAGAAUGCUUUCUAUUUGCAGGAAAUAUAUUGCAUCAUUGAAGAGCUAUGCCAAAAAAGAGAAAAGAAAAAAAAAAAAAAUCUGCAGACUUUUGCACAUAAUCUCCACAUAGUGCCUGUAAAUCUCUGAAGAGUUCAUAUGUGCUAGCAUUUGUUAACAUUGCAGUGAAUGCAUUAAGUAUUUUGGAAUAUAGUGAGCUUUAGUUUCCCUCAGCUGGGCUGUGCAGCCUUCUGCUCAGGCCAGUUCCUGGUGGGAAGCUGCAGGCCAGCUGUGGGAUAGCUAAGAAUGAGAAACUGGGGAUGAACCGCUUUUUCCAGCAUGUCUGGACAUCAAGCAGGUAUUUGGGAUGCUGCCUUUUAGCCGUAGUUAAAACACACUAGGGCAGGACUCUUUUUUUUUUAUUAAUAUUGUUACCAUUAUUUCCAAUUGUAUCUGUACUGUUAUCUCAUAAUUUCAGGAGUCUCCUGGACUGGACAAAUAACAAAUGUAACAGCUACCAACACAUAAGGGUGGGGAAGGAAAGGAGGGGCACGAGCCUCAGCAGCAAUCAAAGCUCAGGUCCAGGACUGGGCUGCUUUUUAUCUUAUUUUGCACUGUUUCUAGUCCUCCUGUUCCUGGCACUCCAGCAGGGAACAAAGGGAUGGGGCUGAAGGUGAUGCUGCAGAGAGCAAAGCCCCAUUUCUCCUGUUCCCUGCGAGGACAGGCACGGCCAGGCGCCUCUCACGGGUCAGCUGCCACCACCUCUGUGGGUUUUCCUCUGCCUCCCUGCCUUGCAGAAUAUCCUUUUGCCCAUCCUGCCACUGGCAGCAGAGCCCGGGGUCUGCAGGCAGGGAUGGUGCAGGGGCUGAAGUUGGGGAUAUUUAGACUCAUGACUGUACUUGCAGUCUGCACCGUGCCACUCCAAUAAAGUUUUUAAGGAUGCA